CCAAUAACAUUGGAUAUCAGAAAUUCAGAAAUUCCCUAUGAAAUUCUAAAAAAAAAGCAAAUCAAAUCAAUGAAAAAAAUAUUCUACUUUUUUGAUAAAAGUAUCGCGUAUUUCUAGUUAAAAUCCAAGGAAGCUCUGCAUCCAAAUCUACUUUGGGACUUGAAUGAAGAUAUCAUGGAAAUAGAAACUGCUCAACCUAAUGAAGUGCAAACACUCCCAAAUGAAGAACCUGCAAAGUCUACGAAUGCAGACCAAGAAACUAAUGCAGCAGCACCGGCCUCUUCUGUAAACGGAAACGAAGCUGAUGCCGGCAAUCAGCUUUUAAAUCCAAAGGAUGUUCAAAAACCUUCUCCAAAAAAGCCCAAGAAACGAAAACCCAAAACACCGCGUGAUGUAACUGCUCCACGCCAACCACUCACCGGUUACGUACGAUUUCUCAAUGAAAGACGUGAUCAGUUACGUGCUGAACAGCCAGAACUUGGGUUUGCAGAGUUGACAAGGCAGUUGGCCAGUGAAUGGAGUAAACUUCCAGGUGAAGAAAAACAGCAAUAUUUAAAUGCAGCUGACCAGGAUAAGGAAAGGUACAUAAAAGAAUGGGCUGAAUAUAAAAAAACUGAUGCCUACAAAGAAUUCAGGAAACAACAAAUGGAACAAAAGGACAUGAGCAACUCUUCCAAAAAAAUAAAGCAGAAUACAAAUAUCAACAAUGCUGUGGUAGACACAGCAGCUACACAAAUAGCAGAACAGAAUGUGAUCAAUGCAAAUGUAGCAGCUUCAGCCGCAGUCAAUAAUGCUGCCAGACAACCUACCCCACCUCGACCAAGACCUUGUAUCACACCUUCUGGUGAAGAAAUGGCUGGUGAUACUGAUAUCCCCAUAUUUACAGACCAGUUCCUUCAGCAUAAUAAGCUUAGAGAAUCUGAAUUACGGCAGUUACGCAAAGCUAAUUCUGAUUACGAACAGCAGAAUGCCAUACUUCAACGCCACGCCGAGGAAGUGAGCGCAGCCACGUCGCGCCUCCGCGCGGAGACCGCGGCGGCUGCUGAGCGCACGGCGGCGCUCGUGGCGCAUCGCCGCGCACUCGUCAGCUCGCUAGUGCAGGCCUUACAGUCAGUGGCAUUACCGUUGCAAGGUGGAUCUGUUGGGGCAUCUGACAGCAAUAUAGAAGAGUAUAUGGAAAAACUGCAAAGUUUUGCAUUAGAAACUAAGAACAAUCCAUUGGUCAAACAGGCAAAGGAUAUUUUAAACAAAGUAGAACUACCAUCGAUUUAAAAUGAUUAAAUAAAAAAAUUAAUAUUA